GCCGCCUGCUGCCAAGAUCAGUGUCUUCCUUUCUUUGCUAUCCCUCCACCCCUGCACACUAUAGCACGCAGCCAUCGAACAAGAAUGGAGCCCAGCCUCAGCAGUGGUACUCUCUGGAGCCUGAGCUGGAGGAGAUGCUGAUCCCCAGGAAGCUUUCCAUCAGCCCCUUGGAGAGCUGGCUGACAGUCAGGUACUCCCUCCCUGCGGCAGAAGUCCUCAGCGCUCAGGGAGGAGCUGGGGAGGAGCCGCUGCGGCAGUACCACUGUCCCCCAGCAGAGGAUGGAGCUGAUGCGGGGGAAGGAGAAGGAACUUUUAACAACAGCCUCCAGUGUAAGAACGUCCUGAGCAUCCGGAGGAGGAAGAUGAACCGGCACAAGUACAAAAAGCUGCUGAAGAGGAGGAAGUUCAUCCGGAGGAGGGUGAAGGAAAGUCGCAAGAAGAAGCGUCAGAUAAAAUUUGAGAAAGAUUUGGAGCGCAUCUGGAAAAGAGCUGGUUUGAAAAGUCCUCCUGCAGGAUGGCAAACACCCAAGAUAUUUCUGAAAAGUUCAAAGAGAUAA